CUCGGUAGUCCAGAAUGCAUGCCGGGAACCGGGCAAAGACAUGCCGAGCAGCGCCUUCACUAACUUCACGCAUCUGCAGGUAAUGGAAGGCAGAGGCCAAGAAUGAAGAACGCGAUCUCUUGUGAGCGGUGCAAGCUUCGCAAGUCAAAGUGCGACCGGGAGCAUCCCUCGUGCCAGCGGUGCAAAGACGCAGGAGUGUCCUGCCGGUACCAGGGCCGGAAACGGCCAGGCUUCCCGGCCGGCCACCGGGAGCUCUUGGAGGACAAGAUCCGCCGGCUCGAAGCGGAGGUGCAGGUGCUUCGACAGAGCGACGAACAGCAGCAGCAACAUCAAGAGCAACAGCCGCAACAACCGCAGCAACAACAACAAGAGCACCAUCAACAGCAACAAAGCACUCCGGCCCGGACACUGCGUCCGGUUGUUACCGCCGCUGCGGCCCCCCCUGCCGCGACCUUUGAGCGGAACCGGCGCAUCGCGGAGCGGCAACCACCAACCAGCCUCGUCUUGUCGCUCGUGUCUCUGUACUUCCGACACAUUUCCCCAUGGUUCCCCUUCCUAGACCCGCCACAAGUCUUCUCCGACAUUGGGUCCGUACAAGACCCGUCGCUACUCCACUACGCCCUCUUCGGCAUAUCCCUCCCCUUUUCCUACGACAUCCGGCUGAACCAGGCAUCCAGCGACUCGUUCUGGAAGUACUCCAAGAGGCGCAUCUUCAUCGAGGCGCUCGAGGAGCCGUCGUACUCAGCCCUGGAAGCCCUGACCAUCCUGACGCUGGACAUUUCCGGGAUCACCAACGGCCCGCAGGUGUGGGGGGCUCUGGCGGUGGCGGUGAAGCUCGCCGGGCAGCUGAUGACGAGCGGGCCGCGAGUGUUCCGGAUGUCUGCGACAGCGCCCAUCGAGAGCCGGACGCUGAGUCCCGCCGACAAGACGUGCCGGCAGCGGCUCUUCUGGGCCAUCUACGCACUCGACUGCUAUGUCUCCGUCACCACCAGCCAGGCCUGUGGUCUAGCCGAGGAGCAGGUCCAGGCCUUCCCCCCCUUGCAGGACUCCACAUGGCGCGACCGUGGACGUGACGCCGAGGGUGGCAUCACGCCCCUUUACGUCUUCAGAUACCAGCUGGAGCUGAUGGGCAUCGUCCGGCGACUGCACCGCGUGUACCUCGAGUACACGGCCGGCGGGCUCGGCGUCGACGAGACAGGGGCUUGGCUACAGAAGUACUCCUCUUGCCUGGCUGAAAUGGCGCAGUGGAUGGUGUCGCUGCCGCCGUGCAUGGCCCUGCAGCGCCCCGAGGGGGGCAGGCCCAGGGGCGUCGUCCCUUCGGUCCUCAUGCUGCACGCAUUCUUCCACGCCAUGGUGAUACAGCUCCACGGUGUGAUCGCCUAUCCGCCGGAGCAGAACCUGGCGACCCACGCGUCCCAGUUGGCCACCGACAGCCGGCAGCAAUGCCUAGCCAGCGCUGCGAUGGUCGUGGGCAUCGCCGAUGUCGUCGCGGCCGAGGACGUCGGCGACCGGCUGGGCUGGCCGUUCGCCUGGUCGCUCUGGGUGACGGCCAGGUACUUGCUUGUCGCCAAACUAAACAGCGCGGCCGAGGCGGCGUCUGAGGGCCAUUUCCAUGUCCUGCUCGGCUCUCUGAAGCAGAUGUCCCAGUACUGGCAGAUCUCGGGCAAGUACUGGAGGCUUCUCAACCAAGCCAUGGGUGACUUGCGCAGCGGUAGGGGAGAUGAUGCCAACGGCCAGAGCGGCGUUCUCGGCCUGCUGGCAGACUUCCGAGUGUCCACGAGCGACCUCGAGGACCAGUUCCGAACGGAUCCCGUCCUCCACAGCGCGCUGUCCUCGAGAGAACAGGUUGCCAGCCCGCGAAACCGCGUUGCUCGUGAGGGACAAGGCGACGCCGCCGCGCCCUUCCCGUGGGAGGAGACGAGCUACUUAGAGGGCCCGGGCCCGGGCCACGUGGCGUUUGAGAACUGGUUCAUCAUGCCGCUGUUUGCGGCGUCGGCAUCGCAGUACUAUCCGACUCCAGAUGCUGCUUUCGACGAGACUGAGAACGGGGCGGCUUUCUAUUCGUUUUGAAUUUGGAUCUCAUGUACUUUAUCUAAGCUUGCUUGGAGGUAUCCAACUCUGUACAAAAACAACGUGGAUGAUUUUAUGUACGACGUUAAACACGAAACCUGAUCGGGUCCCGCUGUUGGAGCCCCUCGGCCCAUCAACGACUCAAGAGGUGUUCCAUUACCUCAGUUUUGCUCCACGACAGCUUUUUGUGUUGAGCGCCGGACCACAAAGUCCAUGGGACUGGAGCUGUCCAGAACAUGCACCGGCUGCCCCGGCAGCUUGACAUGUACAGGCACCGUGACGGCGGGAUCGGCCAAUUCCACGCGCAGCGCCACGCUCUGCACGCCAGGCGAGACUCCCCGCCAGCUGACAUGAACCAUCCCGGUGGGGGACCCGUCGACCGCCUUCAUGGGCACUGCG